AUGGUGGAGCACAACUCGUUUGGACCAUCCAACCAGCAAAAUGUUGCUCGAGCUGAUGCUCCAAGGAUGUCGAUUCGAGAAAGCAGAGGAGAAACAAAGAACCACUCAGCCGAUCUUGUGGAUGUUCUUGUCGAUCCGCUGACGCUGAGCGGGUCACCACCUCCCCCUGGCCCGCAGGAAGGAACCGACGGGGACAUCGAGAUGCUCUCCGAAGAAUCAGAGAGCGAUUCCAGUGUUGUCGAAUUGGCUGGACACCUUCAUAAGAACAGCCCUUCAGUCGAAAGGGGCGGAUUGCAGCAUUACGAGACCCCUCCAUCGUACGCGACCGUUGCGAGGCAUCCCAGUCAAGGGGAGGAUUGGCAGCGUUAUAUCCCCUCUCACCCAGUGGCAGAGAUGCAAUCCCACCAGAGCCCUCUCCGUAGCCCGCCGAUGCCCAGGACAGUUGAAGACCACAGCGGCAUUCCGCCCAUCGAGAACGACGAAGGUGAUGGUCGAGGACAGAACCAAAGCCAUGGGGUAUCGCCUUUCAACGGCGGUGGUUCGGGUUCUUUCUCAACACCAUAUACGCGUGUAUCCCAAAGCACAGUUCCCACUUCAACAUCCGAAAGGAACCCAUGGCAGAAAGAUGAACCGGUGUUAUGUCAGGUCUGCAAAUCGAAGCCUCGAUACAGCAAGUACGGUCGAUCCUACGAGACUUGUGGCUUGACAUGUGCUGCGAAACUUGAAGAGCAAAAAAGGAGGUGUCCUGUAUGUAAGGAAAAGCCUCGGGCCACUGGAUCUGCAGGCACCUUGUACCCGACCUGCGGAUUCAGGUGCUCCGCCAAACUCAAUCCCCCUGCCGGUUCCCAUGGAAUGUGCGAGCAAUGUGGUAUAAAACCGAAGGCUGUUUCGACCGCCACGCGUAAACCAUACCCUCAUUGUGGGACUGCUUGUCGCGACAAAGCGGCUUCGGUGAGAUCUGAAGACGUGGUAAAAGGUAAAUGUAACACUUGCAUUGUGUGCUGGAAGGAACAGUCACGCAACCAGACUUGGCCUGUGUGUAUGACUGGAUGCAUUGAGCUCGCCUUGGGUAAAGCUCCAACGAUAAUUGAGGUUCCUCGCGGCCAUGCACGCUACUACACAGUCAGCGACCAGUUCGAGAAGGAAUGGGAUACCCGCGACCAGGAAAGGCCUACCAUCCGCCACAUCUAUUUCAUCGUGCCAAAUCAACACCUCCAUGACCGAUUUGCCCAAUUCAAAGAUCACCUUGGUCAAUUGCGCUUCCGAGCCAAGCAUCUCAACGAACACAAGCUUUGGAUGGGAACCUCCCAAAAAUGCCAGAUCGGCGACUCGGGCAUGGUCGACCUUUGCAGCAAGGCCGAGUGCAAACUCUGCAAUAUCCUUAUGAACGGCGUGGUUCCUCAAACUCCGAACGGCGCACAACUGUUUGGGAAUUCCAACAGAGCGGACAACAUGAUCCCGGCCAAGGGUAAAGAAAGGACGGCUAGAUCCAUGUUCCUGACCGAUGUAAUUUCCGAAAAAGAAGUGGAAAUGACCAUCGAACAAUUCAUGAACCCAGCAACCUCAGAUGGAACACAUGGUCACUCCUUUAUCCGAAUCGUGAAGCGCGGAAAGUUUGGGACUACGCACGACACGGGCCAACUGUGCGUCUACGUUCAAGAUGCAAUCUUGCCCAGAUACCUCGUAGUAUAUUCUUGA